AUGGCUUCUCCUGCCAGCAGAGGGGCCCCCGCACAAGCUUGCACCUGCAUGCACGAGGAAAAGCUCUGUCCCUCUGGCCUGGGGCUGAAUUAUGAAGGGUACAGGGGCCUGGUACCUUGGUAUACCGUCAAUCUUGACUUGCCCCCAUACAAGAGAUGGCAUGAGAUUGUCACAGACUUGACACCAGAGCUCCAGCGUAUUGUGAAGAAUUUGACGGACUUGGUGAAUGCUUUCUUCCCUAGUGGAAAAAUUAUGAAGAUGGUAGAUGAACGCUUGCCCACCAUGCUUGGCGUCCUCCCCUACCCAUUUGAAGAAGAAAUGAAAGGGAUUGCAGAUGUGUCUGGAAUUCCCCUAGGAGAGAUUAUUUCAUUCAACAUUUUCUACGAACUCUUCACUCUCUGCACAUCCAUAAUAGCAGAAAAUCAGAAAGGUCAUUUGUUCCAUGUUAGAAAUAUGGAUUUUGGUGUCUUUCUUGGGUGGAACAUGAACAAUAAUUCCUGGACUGUGACGGAAAAUCUGAAGCCAUUAACAGUGAAUUUGGAUUUCCAGAGGAAUAAUCAAACCAUCUUCAAAGCUACAUCAUUCGCCGGCUACGUAGGAACAUUAACAGGCAUGAAGCCAGGCCUCUUCAGCCUGACCCUCAACGAACGCUUCAGCUCCAACGGCGGCUACUUGGGCAUCCUGGAAUGGAUGUUGGGCCGAAGAGACGAGAUGUGGAUAGGCUUCCUCACCAGAAGGGUGCUGGAGAACGCCACGAGUUACGAAGACGCCAAGAACAUGCUGAUGAAGACCAAGAUCUUGGCCCCGGCCUACUUCAUUAUGGGAGGCAACAAGUCUGGCGAAGGCUGCGUCAUCACGCGGGGCAGGAAGGACACCCCAGACGUCUACGAGCUGCGGCCCAAGGAGGGCAGGUGGUUUUUGGUGCAGACCAAUUAUGACCGCUGGAAGGAGCCCUUCUUCCUGGAUGACCGGAGGAAGCCCACGUUCAUCUGCUUGAACCAAACCACCCAGGAGAACAUCUCCUUGGCCUCCUCCUACGACAUCCUGUCCACCAAGCCGAUUCUCAACAAGCUCACCGUCCACACCACCCUGAUUGAUCUGGCCAAUGGCGUGUAUGAGUCGUAUCUGCGGGACUGCCCGGACCCGUGCAUCGGCUGGUGAGCGAGCGGGCGUCCAGCCUGCAGAGGCAUCUCGGGCUCUUCUGCCCCACGGCGGGGAGCUCUGGGAAGGCGGCCCGGGCCUGGCUGCAGAGGACGGCUCGGACCCCCGGCUCGUCCUCCGUCCCGCGUGAGCUCGUGCGGUGACCGUCGGCAGCAUUUCCCUCAGCACUAACCCCUGUGAUUCUUUCUGAACUCAGCGGCGCGCAGGAGGCAGAAGCAGCGGCCCUGCCUUUGUCCAAGUGGCCGGGCUUGCUCUUGGAUGGGGACCUCCGGCGCCCCUGGAGGGCUGAGGGGGCCCUGUGGAGCAGGCCGUCCCCCAGCCCGGGGGCACCCCGGGACCCACGAGGGCACGGAGGGCCCCCAGAGGGGCCGGGGAGCCUCGGCUUCUCCCCGUCCCAGGGACCUCGGACUUGUUUUUCUUCCUGUCACAAUAAACACGCUGUCUCGCCA